AUGUCUGCGCAGCACCCAUACAUCGAACAGGACAACGCGCCACCGCCAGGCGGAGACGACCUCCCCACGUAUGAUGACCUAGCUGCUCAGAACGGCCCGAAUUCGAGAUUCGGGAGGUGGAGAGGAUGGAUUGAGAAACGUGCUGCCGAACGAUAUAAUGAUGUCGGGCCUGACGAGCGCGCUCGGCGAAAGGCAAGGGGAUGGGGAUUGAACGACUCGGGGUCUGAGGCUGACGAGCAGCUCGCCGCGUCCGUUCAGUCCAGCCUGAAUAUCCGCGACAGACAGCUGCCUUCGCUUCCAUCUGGUCCAGCUCCGUACCCUCGGGAACAACCACCUCCGUUGCACACACUACCUCAGUUCUAUCAACAAACUGGCCUCCCGACAUCUGAUCCGUAUAGCAAUAUUCCCCCGCCACCACCGAUCCCAAACCUAAACCUCCAUGUACAAACUAGUAAUUUAGCUUUCCAACCACUCCCAUCGCCUCCCGCUGCACCAGAAUCUAUAUCGCUCCCCUUCGUUAGCCAAAAGCUCCCUCCGACACAUCUAAAAUUGAACAAUUUUGGUUCUCGGUUCCUUCCUCACGCGACCGCACCUAUAAGAUGCCUGUUGCCUUUACCAUCGGAGCGUUUGGUCCUUAUUGGACACGAUGAGGGUCUUUCGGUGCUCGACAUGUUUCCGCAAGAAUGGAAUGAGCUAGGAGGCAUUACGGUCAAGGGCCCCGAUGAAGCUCAAUCGAGGGAGAUCUGGAGAGGCGAAGGUGUUUAUCAAAUGUCCAUGUUAGAGGUUGAGGACAUCGGCGAAGGCACGCCUCAAGGUGUUGUACUAGCACUGGUAGGGCCCGACACCAAUACCUGUAGCAGAGACCAGGAAGCCACGAGAACACUACGAAUGUAUAACCUUUCCAGCCUUAUUAGUCUAGCAAAAUGGGCAGUUUCUCAGAAGGGAACGAAACCACUUGAACUACAUAGACCAUCUAAUUGGCAAGCUCAACAGUCCCCGCAGAAGCGGCACCGAACCUCGCAUAGUCUUGCGAAAGGUUUGCGAUCGCUUAUUGAACCGCAAAACGCUCCUCCCGCACAACCGGAGACUUCAUCUUCGUCGUAUCAACGACUUCUGUCCCCGGUGCCGAACAUGCUCAAUGUACCCCGAGAAUCGACAUCUGGUCGGACCUCUCCAAUGAACGGGUCAACUUCGAGUCUCAAUAGCAAGGUCAACGGCGGGCCCAGACGGGUGGACUCCGUUGAUUCAGGUUGGGAUAUUGUAGAGGACCUUCCUCUGCGAUGGGCAACAGAUUAUGUCCCUCUUGCAUCUCCUGGCUCGAGGCUAAUAGGAAUGUCUGUGCUUUCCUACGCUCUGUGGACCGAUGAUAAGCUGGAUAAGAGAGUUGGGGCAGGAAACGGCGGCCGCAUGCUUGCAGUGUCAACCAAGUCAAAUAUCUUCUUGUACGAAACUCCGAAAGGACAACGGGCUUUCCAUUUCGUAAAGGAAUUCUAUACACCCCUACAACCGCGGGCGGUUACAUUCUUCAAACAAAAUGUGCAAGAUCUUUACCGGAGUGCAUCUGAUGCCCAGUUCUCCCGAGUAGAACCUGGUGGACUGCGCGGUGUGCGGGAACGACGCAUUUCCUCAUCUUCCCUUGUAUCCCCGUUGAAUCGCUCCCUUUCGUACGACACGCAGUUGAGCCUUUUCGUAAUCUUCGACAAGAAGGCUGGAUGGAUUCGCUUAGCCGAUUCUGCAGUCGGUGAAAUAACGCUUCCUGAAGAAGCAGGAUCUUCUUCUCCGCCAUCCCAUAACCACUCACUCCCAUCGCGUGAAUCGUUUUCUCCCAUUCGACGGUCGCGCAUGUCAAUGGAGUUUGGAUCACAUUCUCCCAAGUGGAUUCUACCAGUCAAGUGUGAAUUGCCAUUACCUACCGCCCAACCACGGCAUAUCCCUACUCAAGAGGUUUAUCUCGUUACCCGCGGAAAACACACUCACAUCAUGCCGUCUCCAUUGCCUUCGAACGUCGCUUCGUGUCCGCCACUGACAACGGUCGCUUGGAAAAACGCGCCGAAUCAUGUUGCCCCCAGAGUCUGCAAUCCAGCGGUGAUGGGCCUGGACAUGGAUGAUAUCCCUCCAUAUCUCCAGCUAGUAUCGAUGUGCGAGGAUGGAAUCGAGGUGCAGGAAAUCCCUCUUUCGUUCUUAAGCUUGGGUAAAGGUAAAGGUAAAGUUACCACCCCGCCUGUGGAGAGUAUCUGGACGGAAGAGGACGUUGGUGGGAGCACAGGGUUCUUGUGUCAUGGCGGUCACUGGGAUGCAUAUAGUGAGUAUAGUGAAUAUGGCAUGGAAGGAUUUGGGGGGAUAGCUCCAGGAUUUGGCCCUCGAUUCCAAGCACAUCUCGCUGGUGGGAUCACUCGGUCGCUCUCUACAGCAAGCGACAUGUCCUUCAAUAGUCUGCAAACGGAGGACAUUGCAUUGCGGUUGAAACAAGAACAAGGCAUCUACGGAUGGUGCAGAAGAGGUGUUUCGGACUAUCGUGUAUUCUGGGUUGGUGGUUCGCUUGUACAAGAUUUGGACGAUGAGGAACAGGACAUUUGA